AUGACAUGUUCAAAUUCAACUUUAAAUCCACAAUAUCUAUUUUUAAAAUACAAGUUGAAAAAAAUCACCACUUUCAAUCCUAGUAUGAUCACAGCAGUAUCGGAGCAAGAUCAAGACUUGUACAAGUCUGAUGAUGAUGUCCAAUCCAUUGUUGCCUUUGACGAAGAGAGUGAUGAAUGUUUGGAGUCGUUCUAUGAGGACUUGUGGCUCGAGGAUGGCGAAAUUGGAAGCGACGAAGAGGAAAUUGAAAUCCUUUCAUUACCUUGGUGCUUUGAUGAUCAAGAUUCCGAAUAUGAACAGGAGGAGGAGGAAGAUUUAUCUAUUCCUCUUGAAUCAAAAUACGAUUAUUUGAAUUUUGAAGAUUAUGUUUCCAUGCAUGGAUUAUUCGGAGGUAACAACACUCACAGAACUCACGGCAUGAAACAAGUCAAAAGCAAGUACAAGAAGACAAGAAUGAAUCCAAAGCGAAGAAUUCACCACAGAGAAUAUAAAAAGAGAUUGGAAGAAGAAGCUAACAAGAUUGAGUUGCAAAGCUCAAAAGUUUAUGUGCCACCUCCAAUUCGAUAUGCCACUUCUUCGAGCGACAGUCCAAAUCAACAUUACUAUUCCCGUCAUGCACCAAGAAGCGAGGAAGAAGAACAAUUACAGUUGGCCAUUGCACUCUCGAUGGAACAUCAUGAAAUUUCAAAUGUGGCUCGUGAGUGUGGCAUGGACAUGAAUAUUCUACUUGCUCUCACCACUCGGGAAUUAACAGACAAGGAUUAUGACCUUUUAUUGCAAUUAGACAAUAGGGUGCAAAAGAAGACUGUUUGCAGUUCGACAUUAUCAAAUUUACCAACAUGUAUUUUAUCAUUUGAGGAGAAACAUUUAUCGUCAUUGUCCACCGUUGCGGAAGAAGUGCCGCAAGUAUGCAAAGGUGACAUGUGUGUCACAUGUAUGUGUGAUUUUGAGGAAGGUGAAGAAUUGAAAUGGAUUCCAAGAUGUGGUCACAUCUUUCACAGGUCCUGCAUUGAUUCAUGGCUAGAGUCGCAAUCAACUGUAUGUCCAAUUUGUAGAAUUGAUGUGGCUGAUUCGUGA